AUGAAGGUCAGCGGAACAGCUAUGUUGGUGCUGGUGUGUCUGACGGCAGGUGUCCUCGCUAUGCCAGUCCGAAGAUCACCAGACUUGGAAGCCCGACGUCGGAGUGCUAUUGACAGGAGUAUGAUCAGGUUCGGAAGAUCCUAUCCCCAAGAACCAUCAGCUGCAGAUAUCCGCGAAGCCUUCCAGCGUCCAACUGGCAAAGGCAACAGCUUCCUACGCUUCGGGAGAUCACAACCCAUCACCUUUACAACUGACGAGCUCAUUUCCUUCCUCAAAUCUUACGAUGAUGAUUACGAACCGAUUACAAAACGCGUGUCCAACUUCGUAAGACUAGGACGCGACCCGAAAUUCAUCAGACUUGGGAGAUCUACUGCUGAUAACAACGAGCAGUCUUCGGAACUGGUUGUGAGUGGAUAUCCUCAAAGGAAGAGCAGGGCAAGGGACCAUUUCAUCAGACUCGGGAGGGAUAGUGAGGAAUUGAACAGAGAGGAAGAGGAUUUACCGGAGGAAAGGAAAAAGAGAUCCACUGACUGCCAGGAAUGCCAGUAA